CAGAGCAGCUAGUAUUUAAGGGAGCCUUGUUUCAUCACCAAUUCAUCAAUUCAAGCUUAUAACUCUCUACAUAUACAUUUUGCAAUCAAACAACUUAUCAAUCCAAAGAUGGAAGGCAAAACUUUGAUUCUUAGUGUGCUCCUAGUGAGUCUUGUCAUGGCGCAGAUUCAAGUCGAAGCAAAGAGCUGCUGUCCUAACACCACUGGUAGAAACUGUUACAAUGUAUGCCGUCUUACUGGAGCUCCCAGGCCAAUUUGUGCAAAUGGCUGUGGAUGCAAAAUCGUCAAUAGUGGUAGCUGCCCUAACGGAUAUACCCAUGAUGUUCUCGAAAACACAGGGAAUGCUGUCAGUGAAUACUGCAAAGUUGGGUGUGUAUCCUCUGUGUGCGGUGCUUUAACCACUCUCCAAAACUCUGAUGCAAGUGAAAUCGUGAAUGAAGCUGUUGGAAACUGUGCCUUGGCUUGUUCUAAAGUCUGCAACAAAGGUUCGAUGAAUGCAGUGGAAACUGCCUAAACAACCUUAUUCACAAAGAUCCGAAGUACAUCAUCUAUGGAGUGUUGUUUUUCAUGUUUUUCAUGAUUUCAUCAAUAAUUGUCGUGUAUGUGGCAAAAAUAUAGAAGGUUAUCGAUCCCUAGAUUGUAUAUGCCUUCUAUUCCCUAUAUUUUCAAUAAUAUGUAAUUGUGUCGUUAUAUUUUUCGUUCAACCAUUAAAGUUGCUUUGUGCUUAGCUA